GUCCACCCUCGUCAUCGUGACGCGCCCCGAGUUGAAGUUUCAAGGCGAUACAUCGAUAUCGUUAACCUCAACGAUGCAAUCCCCGUCGCGCGUGUCAGGAUGGAAUCCGCUGGAGGAGGACGACGGCGACGUGAUGGAAGUAGAGGAGGACGAGGACGAGAUCACGGAUGAUGCGAGUGACUUCCGGAUGCCGACGCGCCUGAAGGACCCGAAGAGGCGCUCGUACACUCUCAGAGAGCUCGUUGAUAUGAUGCACAGAGGAAAGAUUGACACAGACCCCCCAUACCAGAGGAGUGAAGUAUGGCCAGCAGACAGACAGAGAGGCCUGGUUGACACCCUCAUGAGGAACUACAACAUCCCCCGGAUCCUCAUCUCUGUGAGGGAGGAUGAGAAAAAGGGAGAGAUUAUGAGGAUUCUGGAUGGGAAGCAGAGGUUGACUGCUAUCAAGGCAUUCAUGGCUGGGAAUAUUGCUUGUAAGCAAAAAUUUUCACGGUGCAAAAUAUCACAUGCCAAAAUGAUGUUUCAUGCAGGGAAAGACCCCGUGACAAGCAAGAAUUGGUUCUUCACGCUGCCAAAAGGGAGCAACAAGCUGAAAAUGCCUGCCCAUGUGCAGAGCUUGCUGGAGAAUACUGAAAUCCCCUGUGAUGAGUACUAUGGAUUGACUGAUGAACAGGAGCAUGAGAUGUUUCAAAGAGUGCAGCUGGGCAUGCAGCUCACCCAAGGAGAGAAACUCCACGCCAUCUCCUCCCUCCGCACAGCCUACAUCGCGGAAGUCUACGACCGGCUCGUCGCCGCGCCCGAGAUCGACGGGCUCAAAGGCUCACCGCCGCAAGGCGACCGCCUGCGCGCGUACAUGGAGUUCGAGACGAAGCGCUCGCAGCCCACGGUCAACCUCUCGCACCUGAUGUACAUGCUCGAGGGGAUCCGGGCGCACGAGCGGUGGCACCCCACGCGGCAGCAGGUCCAGCCGUGGUUGAAUGUGGACGAGGACUUUGGUCCGGAGCUGAAGGCGGAUUUGGAGGAUGCACUGGAGAAGAUGAAGGAGAUCGGGAAAGACUCGGAGCUUAAUGUGGAAGCUGGUUUCACCAUGGGGCGGAAGAUUGCUCCUGUUGAGUUUAUCUUUAUUGCUGUCCUCGUGCACCUCAUGCGUCAUGCAACGCCGCUUCAGCGCGCUCAGGCAAUCAAGGGGCUGCGGCUAAUGCUAUCGGAAAAGCACACGGGCCAAAUCCGCAUGAAUGCGAUGGUCAUGCGCAACGCGUGGAACUACAUCGAAGAUAAACUCAAGGGGACAGACGACGAAACUCGUGUUCCCGCGGCUGAGGUCAAGAAGGGGAAGCAGAAACCGCAGCGCGACAGGCUAGAGCCGACUACGCCUGCACAGACUCCGAAUCCGAGUCCUCGGAAGAAGGCAACCACCCGAGAAGACAGCCUGAGUACCUUGGAGGAUGAGGCGGCGGAACUGGCGCCGUCAACUUCAAAAGCAGUUGCGCGCACUCCUGUUGCGACUCCGCGGAAGAAGACGCGGACUACUGCCACGCAAGGAGACACUCCGAAGGCCAGUGCAAUGAAGCGGGAGCGCGAGGAAGCGGACACUUCGACUUCGCAUGACGUUGGCGAAAGCCCAGUGCGGAAGAGGUUGGGCCUCGCAACGCCGAAGCGCGCAAAGCCUGCUUCGACCAACUCUGCAUCCUCGCUGAACUCCGAUGUACAUCCGCGAGAUGUUAAGCCGCUGUCCAAGGUGCCAGGGAGUGCUGCCAAGCCUCUCAGUGGUCCGCUCAAAAAGCGCAUGCGGAUAUUGGAUAGCGAUUCCGAUGAGUAGGGUAUCUUCAAAGCCACGCACCUAGAAGUAUAGCUUCGUGCAGCAGUUGAUUAUUUCGAUAAUG